AUGCCGCUUCCCCCCGUGUCCGUUGCCCUCGCCAAGGAGCUGGGCGAGCCCGUGAAGCCCGACCUCUCUGCGGAGCCUGCUGUCACGGGCCCUGAAGCAAAGGAGGAAGCCAGCGCCAUCGUCACAGAGGUGCCUCAAGGUGCCGGUGAGGCCUCGGUCAAGGACUCGGCGGAUGCCGCAGAUUCUGCUGAUGCCUCGGACGCCCCACGUGCCUCGGAUGCACCGCGUGCCCCGGAUGCAGACGCACCGCGUGCCUCAGAUGCGAAGCCAUGCCAAGCGGACGCGGAGGAAGCGCCGGCGGAGGCCGAUGCAGAGGAGGCAGAUCAGGCAGAGGAGGCGGAGGCCGAUGCAGAGGGCAAGGAGGAGGCGGAGGGGAAGGAGGGUUCAGGCAAGCGCAAGCGCAAGGCCGGCCUGCGUGCGCGCGUGCUGGCGGAGCUGAAGUCUGCAAGCCCCUGGGACAUGAAGGCGCGCCUGGAGUCCCAGCUGGCGGAGCACGACGUUUUGAUCGCCGCGGCCAUGGACGUCGAGGCGGGCAAGCAGAAGCUGGUGGACGAAGCCUUGGCGGAGGUGGACCGCUUGAGCCAGGUGGUCAAGGAGGCGUCGGAGCUCGAGGAGCAGGCGCUCGGCCGCGCCAAGGACUUGCGGAAGCGCAAGCGGGAGGCUGCGAAGGAGUGCACGGAGCGCCAGAAGGAGGUGCAGCAUCAAGAGGACCUACUCGUGCUUCUGGGCUUCGAGGUGGAACGGCUUCGGAAGCACAAGGAGGCGGAGGCCAGCAUGGAAUCCGAGAAGGACGCCAAGCGCCAGAAGAUUCAGGAGCUGCUGCAGGUGGCGGAGGAGGCCAAGAAGGCCCAGGAUGAGAUGCGCCUGCGUGAGAAGGAAGCUCGCCAAGCGGUGCGCCAGUUGGAGAAGGAGCAGAAGCAACUGCAGCUGGGCCCCUUCGGUCGUCGGCAGAAUGCCGCCCGAAAGGCCAGGGCUACGAAGAGCUCGGAGGCUGUGCAGGAGACGCCGGGUGAGAGCUCCAACAGUGCUCCCGUGGUUGACCUCCUGCCGGUGAAGCGCGAAGGCGCUUUGCAUCCAUUCCCGACGCGCCCUGCUGAGACUGCAGAAAAUCUGGUCAUCAGCAUCGAGGACUCUCAGUGA